AUGUGGGGAGAUAAGUUAGAUAAGGAGAUUAAGUGGGACAAGGCGUUGGAUGUUGACCACGCUGUGGACUUUAAGCAGGUGAAUGUUGCUGUGAUUGGUGGCACGGGGGGGCUUGGCCGAGCCAUUUCCGAAGAGCUUGUUGCGAAGGGCUGCAAUGUCACUGUUGUUGGGAGGACCUUCAAGGAACUACCGCAGGAUAACUUGCUGUUUCUGAAGGCGGACUUGCAGUUUGUGAAGGACGCGGAGGCCGUCGGAGAGCAACUUAGAAGGCAGAACUUCACGCACUACAUAUUCACGACGGGGAUCCUGGCUAGCGCAAAGAGAGAAAUUACAGAGCGGGAGAGCAUUGAGAAGGACAUGGCGGUCAGUUACCUGAGCAGGUUUGUCAUACUGAACAGCGUAUCGCAGUCUUUGACCAAGAAAUUCGCCGUGGCAGAGCCAGACGGCUCGACCACAGUGCUGAAACCUAGAGUGUUUGUAAUGGGGUUCCCCGGGAGCAACACCGCCGGGGAUCCCGAUGAUUUGAAUGGGGACAAAGCCGCAUACGGCGCCAUGAAGCAGCACAUGAACACUGUGGCAGCGAACGAGGCCCUAGUGCUCGACAAGAAAAUACACGGCAACAACUCCUUCAACACGUACGGGCUAAAUCCGGGCAUCAUCCGGACGAACAUCAGAGACAACUACCUCGUGGCCGGCUCGUGGUUGAGCAAACUCGUCGAGACUGCUAUCGGCUUCACCCAGCAGACACCAAAGAUGUACGCUCAGAAGAUCGUCCCGCUACUGUUCACACCAGAUAUCGAAACGCACAACGGCGCCGUGUUCAACAACCAGGGAGACGCCAUUUUGCCCUCGAAGUGCAUGGACGAAUCGCGCGUCGCUAGGUUCAUCGAGCAAUCGCACAACCUUGUGGCUUUGGCAAAGAGGAACGAAGAGAACGCCAAUUGA